AUGGUGAUGAAUAACAGCCGAUUGAUUAUAAAUCAUGUAGCAAAUGGGUUCGGUACAUCCCGUGAGAGCGUUGAGAAUUUUCUUCACAGUGAACUUGGUAUGACAGAGGUUUCUGCUCGGUGGGUGCCAUAUCUUCUGACACGUGAUCAAAAGUGCACCAGGCUGAUCAUAUCACGGGAAAAUAUGAAAUUGUUUGAGGCAGAUCUAGCCGGUUUCCUUGAACAUCGCAUAACCCAGGAUGAAUGUUGGAUUCAUGACUUUGAACCAGAGACAAACAAACUAUUCAAUCAGUGGGAACACUCCUCCCCAACUGCUUUGAAGAAGACCUCGUCGUUUUGGGAUGCAAGAAGCAGUGUCUUUAAUGACUACCUUGAAAGUGGCCACACCAUCAAUGGAGAGCAUUAUGCCAAUAUUCUGAGAUAG